GGAGGGCGCAGGCGGAUGCUGGCCCAGCCCCGAGAUGGUCCCAGGAGCCCUGGCAGCACAAAGAAGACAGAGUUCAGCACCAUGUCGUGGAUUCCUGUCCUGCUGGCACUGUUCACCCACUGGGCAGGCUGUGUCUCUCAGCCCGUGCUGAACCAGCCACCAUUUGUGUCCUCGCCCCUUGGAACAACAAUCCGUCUGGCCUGCACCUUGAGCAGAGACUACGAUGUCAGGAUUUAUAACAUCUACUGGUACCAGCAGAGGCCCGGCCACCCUCCAAGAUUCUUGCUGAGAUAUUUCUCCCACUCAGACCACAGCCAGGGCUUCAAGAUUCCCCCUCGCUUCUCUGGAUCCAAAGAUGUGGCCAAGAACACGGGCUACUUGAGCAUCUCUGGGCUGCAGCCUGAGGAUGAGGCUAUGUAUUACUGUUCUCUGGGAUUCCAGGUCUUGGAUAAAGAAAGGGAGAUGAGGGGAGAGAGAAGGGAAGAAAAGGAGCCUGCUGUUUUGGGGUCCCCAGCACCCCCAGACACACUUACGUUGAACUAGAGACCAAAGGGCACACUUCCUCAGAAAGAGGCGAGUGUGGGCAAGGAGGGUGGGCUAUGGGCUUCACAGAGCAAAGGAGAAAGCCGCUCAGCUUCUUCCUGUCCAGAAACUUGCUUAGACCCCCCUGAAUGUGGGAUUUGGGGAUUAAAGUUGCUUGUGUCUUGAGAA